AUGAACUGGUAUUCAGUCUUGUUUGUCCUUGUCUUCUUUAUAGAUCUUGUAUCACAUCAGAGAAUCUACACAGGAAAGAAACAAUACAAAUGCCAGCAGUGUGGGAAAUGUUUUUCUAGGAAGUCAUACCUUAUACCUCAUCAGAGGAUCCACACAGGGGAAAGACCAUACAAAUGCCAGCAGUGUGGGAAAUGUUUUACUCAGCAGUCACACCUAGUGACUCAUCAGCGGGUCCACACAGGAGAGAAAGCAUACAAAUGCCAGGAGUGUGGAAAAUGCUUUGCUCGCAUAGCACACCUUAAAACACAUCAGAGAGUCCAGACAGGAGAGAAACUGUACAAAUGUCAGCAGUGUGGAAAAUGUUUUGCUAAAAGGUCAGUCAUUCUGGCUCAUCAGAGAGUCCACACAGGAGAGAAGCCAUACAAAUGCCAGCUGUGUGGAAAAUGUUUUGCUCGCAAGUCACACCUUGUGAGUCACUUGUUAGUCCACACAAGAGAGAAACAAUACGAAUGCCAGCAGUGUGGAAAAUGUUUUGCUCAGAAGUCAGUCCUUGUGAAUCAUCAGAGAACCCACAGGGGAGAGAAACCAUAUAAAUGCCAGCAGUGUGGGGAAUGUUUUGUUGUCAAGUCAGAGCUUUUGAAGCAUCAGAGAAUCCACACAGGAGAGAAACCAUACAAAUGCCAGCAGUGUGGGAAAUGUUUUGCUUUCAUGUCUGGCAUUGUGAUGCAUCAGAGAGUUCACACAGGAGAGAAGCCAUACAAAUGCCAGCAGUGUGGGAAAUGUUUUGCUCAGAGCUCAGCCCUUGUUACUCAUCAGAGAGUCCACACAGGAGAGAAGCCAUAUAAAUGCCAGGAUUGUGGGAAAUUUUUUGCUGAGACGUCUGCACUUGCAAAACAUCGCAGAAUCCACACAGGAGAGAGACCAUACAAAUGCCAACAGUGUGGAAAAUGCUUUGCUCAGAAGGCACACCUUGAAAUUCACCUGAGAGUCCAUGCAGGAGAGAGACCAUACAAAUGCCAGCCGUGUGGAAAAUGCUUUGCUCAGAAGUCACACCUUUCAAAACAUCAGAGAAUCCACACAGGAGAGAAAUGUAAUCAAGAAUGGGAAUCUGAUCAAUAGUACUGGACUUUAUUUGUUCUGCAUCUCAUCUAGGGAAGAGGAGGAACCAAAUUUUGAGAUGGGGAAUAUGUUGGAAUAAUGUUUCUAUAAACUGUUUGUAAAAUAUUUUGAGUGGCUGGAAUUCCUGAAUCAGAGCACUUGGCAUGCUGCAAAAGCUUUCUAUAGAGAUUGCAUCAUGCUGAGGAGUAGCCAACUCUGUAUACAAGUGCACUGAGAGUCAAAGCACAUGUGGGUUGAUGCUGGUGAAUUGUUAAUGGGUUGGGGUUGGUGUGGGUGUGUUGUGAGGAUCGUUGCUGAAUUAAUGCAGGUGUAUGUUGAGUCAGGAGGGUUUGUAAAUGUUUGUAUGUAUCAGAACUCCAGAUAAAGACUCUCCAAGGACUUGGAAGAAAUCAACUGUGUCUGUGAGUUUGUUUAUGGAAUGUGGUCAGUGUGUUGCCAACACUGUUAAAUUGAAGUAAGCUGCUUCUAAGAGUGUUUACCUUAGAUAGCGCUGUAUGUUGGCUUCUCAAGUGGUCCAGAGAGUUUUCUUUGAUAUUGCUAAUCCAGGGGGUGGAAAGUUGAGAAGAGAGCCAACGGAAUAAUGAGAAUGGUUGUUUAUAGAAUUGGUUGUAGAACUUCAGGAUCUGAAAGAAAAAGAUAUGUGAUAAAAUAGGAGAUAUUAUCAUUAUGACUUUGAAUGUUAUGGAUUGUCAACCACAAUAAAAUAAUAUUGCCCGAAUAUGUUAUUGGAUGAGAAAAAAGUGGAUAUAGUAAUGUUACACGAGACGCAAAACAAAAAGUGAGAAUAUAUUAUUUAAUUACAAGAAAUGGAAAACACUGUUUGAAUCUAGAAGUUCUAAUAAAGCAAGAGAAGUAGCAAUAAUGAUAAGGGAUUAAAUUAAUUUCCAAGUAGAAAAGGUGAAGGAACAUUAUAUAAUGUUAAAACUGUUGUUCUUAGCUGAAUAAAAAUAAACUCUUUCAGAACACGACCUCAUAGCCUGAAAAACCUACACAAACUAUAAAAAUCAAAUUGAUUACUUAAAUAAUACAUUUAAUGGAUUAGAUAGCUUUGCAGAAGGCAAUCUUUAUUUGGGAGGAGACUUUAAUAUUAAUUUCAAAAAAUAUGAAGGGUAGAAAGGGAAAAAUAUUAAUUUGAAGAGAUGGAAUUUAGUAGAUGGGUAUGAAAAAUGUGGAUAUAAGGAAAAUGAAGAGACAUUCUACUCAGGCAGAUAUAAAAAAUACAGUUGAAUUAAUAUUUUGUCAUUUAAAGUAGGAAAUAACACUGGGAUUAGUAUAGUCUAUAGAAAAAAAUUGGAUUUCAUUCAUGCUUCAUUAAUUAUAGCAGUAACAGUAAAACAUUAAAACGCUAAGGGUAACAGGGUUAGGAAAUGGAGAUUUGAUCCAGUUGUAGUAAUGAAAGAAAAAAUAAUCAAGAAAUAAAGAAUUUAAAAAAAUAAAUGCCAGUGGCGUGGUUAGGAAAAGUGUGGUAUGGGAUGCUGUUAAGGUAGUGCUGAGGGGGAAAUUGUCAGGACCACGUUCCACAUUGGCCUGUGAAAAUGACAUGGAUGUGGCCACUAGGAGGAACUGAGCUGAGGUUUCUACAGUUCAAGUGACAGGUGUGCAUGAGUCAGGUUUUGGUGAGCUGUGCACCAUGGGAAGCCUGAUGCAACAUGCAAAGUAGAUGAAGUCAGCCAGCAGUGCAUCAUGGGCAAUGUUAUGAUGCAACAGGUACUGGGUAAGUGGGUAUGAAACCAGCAAGGUUUCAUUGGUGGCUUGACUGUCACAAGACAUCACAGAAGACCACCUAUAUAAGGGAGAAGGUGAUUAUCUCCAUUGUUGGGUUGUAAUGGUUGGUUGGCGAAGUACAUUGUUAGUCUGUAUAGCUGUGAGUAUUCAAGACGGCUGUCUGAUACUCUGUAAAAUCUUUGUAUAUAGUUUAUGCAACAAAGAGUAAAGCCCUCGUGUCGAGUGAACCCUGUUGUCUGAGGUUCGUUCCUUCAAGCCGGGUGCUCAAGGCUGAAGCUUGUGUGGGAGGAAAUCUUUCCUUGCGGCUCGAAGCCUUUGCAUACUUCUCACAGAGAACAACUUCUGGGCGUCCUGCCUACCUGGAUCAACUCUGCAUGUGGUUGUGAUGGACACAGCUCAUCUCUCUACACCCCAACAAAAAUGUAUCACUAUUGGAAUAGGGAUUAAAAAGAAAGAUAUUUAUAUAGAAAGAAAUUAGUAGAGGAAGCAAGAACAUUACAAAUAGAAUAGCUGAAAUGGAAAAAUGAGAAAAUUAAAAAUAAUAUGAUAAAAAAGAAGGAUGUCAGAGGACAUGAAUCAUCUAGUUAGUAAGAAACAUUUAUUUGUUAAAAAUAUAAAUUCCAAACAUGGCAUAUACAAGGGAUGAAAAGAUUAGUUAGGUAUUUGAGAAGAAGUAAGGAGAACAAAAUGAGAAAAGGAAAUAGUGACAGAAGAAGACAAAAAGAAGAGAAAUAUUGGCAAUAUUUUAUGAAAACUUAAACAAAAAGAGGUAGUAAAUUUAAAGGUUUAAAAUCUCUUGGGCCAGAUGGGCUAACUGGUAACGUUAUAAAUAUUUCAUAAAAGAAAUAAGCACUCACUUGUUAAUGUUUUUUUACACUUUCACACUAGAUUCUGCACUAUUCAGGGCCUGUCCAGGAUGAACACACACAAAGGUAAAUGGAUGUUGUAAGACAACUUUUCAGGUUUUCCAAAUCCCAGUAGAAAUCUACUGGGAGGCUGUACAGACCAGCAUUAUACGCCAGCUCCAGGGCAGAGUGGGAGCGAGGCGUCUGCACAACACAUGCCACUACUCUGCCC